AUUAUUUUUGAUUACAACUUUAAAAUUUUCUAUUACAUAAAAAUUGAUAUUGCGAUUUAGAAAAUCAAUAAUAAUUGAGUUAUACGAAUUAUCUUUAAUAUAUACUCCCCAAAGCGGAGCAGCCGAAAUUAUGUUUAAAUGGCGUAUCGUAGAGGAUCCACUAAUGGGUCGUUCAUUAGUGACUACAGAAAUUGUAAAGAAGGGUGAAAUGGUGGUAGAGGAGUAUCCAUUCGCGAUUGGCCCCAAACAGAACAGCGGUAUUGUUUGUCUGGGUUGUUAUCGUGAUUUAUUUUUCGGUGAAGAUGGUGAUUCGUUGGAUCGUUGUGAAAGGUGUGAUUGGCCACUGUGUAGUGCCUGUUUUGAUAUACCCAAUCAUCUGGGUGAGUGUGAGAUAUUUACCAAAGCUAAAGUUCACUUUGCGGGAAAUGUAAGCGAGGAUGGAGUUUGUACACAACUUGAUUGUAUAACACCUUUAAGGGUUCUUCUUGUCAAGGAAUCUGAUCCAGAUCGAUGGGAGCGUGAAAUCGUACCAAUGGAGUACCACAACGAGGAACGCCGAAAAAUGGUUGAUGUUUGGAAUGCAGAUUUUGUAAAUAUCGCACAGUACCUUCGAGGACCGUGCCGUUUGGCCGAACGAUUUUCUGAAGAUCUCAUUAUGCAAACAGUGGGUAUUUUGGAAGUUAAUGCAUUUGAAGCGCGGACAACACUGGGAUAUGCACUGCGUUGUUUAUACCCAAUCACUGGAAUAUUAGCGCAUAAUUGUGUACCAAAUACCUUUCGUACAAUACAUCCAAGUGAAGGCUUCAAGAUCCGCCUAAGGGCCAUGUACAAUUUGAACGAAGGCCAACAGUUGCAGCACUCGUAUACAUACACUUUGAAUGGCACUUACCAACGACAGGAACAUUUAAAGAAUGGUAAAUUCUUCACUUGCGAAUGCAAACGUUGCAAAGACCCCACCGAGUUGGGUACGAAUUUUAGCACGUUCAAGUGUAGUAAAUGCGAAGAAGGGUGGUUACUGUCAACUAAUCCAAUAGAUCCUUCCUGCUACUGGAAAUGCACGCUUUGCACCUUUCAAACAUCAAAUAAUGCUAUACAGAAGGCACUAUCUGUAAUGCAAUCCGAAGUUGCCACAUUACAAUCAAUGACUCCCAGUCCUCAGAAAUUACAAGAAACAGAAAAGCUAAUGAGAAAAUAUUGUGUAGUUGUACACCCUCUACACUUCAUACAAAUAGGAUUGCGUCAAAAUCUUAUCGAAAUGUAUGGUCGUGUUGCAGAGUAUGAAUUGUCUGAAUUGCCCGAUGUUCUCCUUGAACACAAAGAAGAGCUAUGUCGACAAGUGUUACAUGUUUUAGAUGUCUUUGAACCGGGAUUGAGUCGAACACGUGCUAUGAUGCUAUACGAGUUGCAUGUACCAUUAGUAUUAUUGGCCAAGAGUGGUUUCAUAAGCGGCGUCCUAACAGCGGAUGCAUUAAAAAAUAAACUUCUUGACGUUAUUGCUAUUCUAAAUGAAUGUGUGGACAUACUGCAAUACGAAGAUCCAGAGACACAAGAGGGAAAUUUAUGUAAAGUAGCACAGCAAGCGAAGAAUCAGUUGACACAAAGUGUGGAAGGUUUAACAGUCGCUGAAUGAUAUUGUUGCCGCAUAUUUUACAYAAAUAAAGUCUCCCUUGUACAUAAUAUAAAAAGGGCUACAUUAAUAAUAAAUCAAAGUUCUAUUUAUGUAAGUAAAAAUUAACUUACAUAUAUAUGUGACUAAAACUAUUGUUGCAAAAGUCAUAUACAGUUAUCAGUAUGUGAUUUUUUAAGCAUACUCAAAAAUAGUAUUUACUACGAAGUAAUGUCCAAAUGAGACCAUCUCGCCUUUAUUCAAUGGUUCCUGAAUUUAUUUAUUAACUGAUUCAGAGUCAAAGCACAUCACUAUUAUUUCAACAAUAAAACGUUUGGCUUAAAUUAAUACUGCAAUAAUUAUAUUUGAAAAU